GCGUAGAGUUUGCCUUGAACAUUUCCCCCAGAUCGUUGAGAUAAAAUAAGAUGGGAACAGAGCGCUUCGGAAGUUCUGCAAAAGACGGAAUUAUCUUCACGGCCGAGCUCCUGGAGCUCAUUCUACUUCAGCUGGACCAACGGACACUUCUUACCGCCGCCCAACGAACUUGUCGAUAUUGGCACAUUCUCAUCCGAGAAUCGCCCUCGCUACAGAGACAGCUAUACUUCAGACCGGAUGAGAAUGUCUCCAAGUCUUGGAAUCCUUUACUGGCAGAAGUGUUUCCUUCUUUCUUUUCCCGGAAUGGCGGAUCGGCAGCAGGCUUUGGCAGGUUUACCUUUGCCACCUUCGAUAUGAUCCAGUUCCCUGAUAAGAUAACCGCCUAUAAUCGGAAAGAAGCAAGCUGGCGGCGGAUGCUUGUUCAGCAGCCCCCCAUACGGGAAUUUGCGUUCUUUGACGUGGUUUCGUCGCGCGUGGUAAGGUACUCACAGUGCGUCAUCCGGCCGAAGCAGCAAGCAUGUGCCCAGCUCCAUGAUGGACUCCGUAUGGGAGCACUAUUCGAGUUCGUAGUGACCCGAGGACCCCUUCGCUAUGAACGCCAAAUGUUCCAGCGCGUAUUCUGGGCAUCGUCAGAAAAAGAGGACCAUCCCGUGUGGAAGCGAAACCCAGGACUGGUCGAAGCUUUCCAGCAGGCCAGUGUAAAAUUUGAUCUGGUGGUUUACCAGAUAGCCGCCCGGGGCUGUCUCCAACACAAAGUCCGUAUCACCGAAGAAGAAAAGAUGAGACGACUUAUGUUUUCGUCUUAUGCCGAGUUGAACCAGGAGAAGGAUGCGGAGACGUAUGAUGUUGUUGAUGUUGAGGAAGAGCCCAUGCAAACAAAAGCCCACUGGUGAUGUUCACCAAUCCUGGUCUGAGAGUUGAGCCGUCAGAGGAGUUUGAUACAUCUGGCCCAAUCUAGAGUAGGGCCCGUCAGCAGAGGACAGCCUCGGACGUUUGAUAGCCAACGAGAGUACUUUCUAAAGGGAGG